AUGCUUGAGGUGGCCUCCCCUACUCGAGUCCAGCCUCCACGGCUCGAGGCUAACGGCACUUCGGGCAGAAGAGAGAGCCCCGCACGAGGACCCCAGUGGCCCGGACACCGGACGUUCCUCAGCAUCUACAACGAAGACCACGGUCGACUGUUCAACGGCGCUGCCGAAACCUCCGGGUGCUUGAGCGACGCGCAAGGCGGCGGCAUUGCCUGGCUGUGGAUGGUCGUUUGGUGUAACUGCUUCAUCUACAUGGGAAUAUCGCUGCAGGGCAUCACCUUUACCGCUCUGGCUCGAAGGCGAGGACUGUCGGGCCUCGAGACGGGAAUCAUCCACGCCUGCUCAAGAGCAUCCAUCAUCCUGGGCAUACUUUUGGCACAUGUCCUGUUGUCCGUCAUCUAUCCUGCUUACCUGCUCAUCCUUGGCAUGGUUCUUCAUGCCGCAGCCAUUGCAGCCCUCGGAGCCCUUCACUGGCUCCCUGACGACGAGAACCUGUUCCUUGGUGUGAGCGCGGCAAUCAAGUGUGUCGCCGGGAUAGGAUUCGCAAUCUACUUCGCUACCAUGUACACCACUCUGUUCUACAAGAACCAGCAGUCUUCCCUGGCGACACUCAUCUUGUCAGAAGUCACUGUCGGCGUUGGCGGCGUCAUCGGACCCAUCGUCGGAUUCGAACUCACUCAGGUGUGGCUCUACCCUCUGCCCUACUUUGCCAUCGGUGGUUGCAUGUUGCUCGGAAUUUUGAUAGCGGUGGCGCUUCCGCUUGACGCCUGCGUCCCCCGAGAAAAAUUCUCGGAAGCCAAGAACGACUGCAGCAGCCUCAGCUUUCUCGGCGACGUCCGCUUCUGGGUGGACAUCGUGACAGCCGCGCUGGCCGGGGCCACCAUCGCCCACUUCGAGACAACGCUCGAGCUACACCUCAGCGUCAUCACAGAGAGCGAAUAUCACAUCAACUAUUCCUAUGCCAUUAUAUACGGAGGUUACGCCAUCGGCGCCGUACUCUUCGGGUUUACCUCUUCGCUGCCGAAAGCGGAGGCCUUCGUCGUGUUCGUUGCGCAGCUCAUCUCAGCCGUCGCUUUCUUGUUCGUCGGUCCCGCCCACUUCCUGCCCAUUCCAACGAACUUGUGGCUGACCCGUCUCGGGAUUGGACUCGCCGGUCUCGCCGUAGCUGGCCAGUUCCUUCCUGUCAUCGCAAGGGUCGUUCGCUCAGCAACGUGGCCUGACAAAUCGUACGACCUACGGAUCAUCAGCCUUGCCGUCUGCGCCGUGCUCGUGAUGGUCCACUGUGGCGGCUUGGUACUAUCGCUGGUUUCUGGGUACGUGACUGACAAUCAAGGGUCGAAGGCGACCAGCACCGUCAUGCUCACCAUCCAAGCGUCAUGGACUCUCGUUCGGUUCCUGGUGUGGAUCACCGAGAUGACGCUGGGGAGGGACACCUUCUUAUCCUGAACAUGACGCAGUACCUCCCAGACCGUCUGUGGGCGCUGCCUAUAACACCUCUGAAUUCAAGAUACUGUCCUGGCAACAUAACCCAUCAAAUCUCCGGAAGUUGUUUUCUC